AAAAACAUAAUAAAGAAGGAACUGUUGGAAAGAGAGUUAGAAAAUGUGAGAAUAUUCCUAGAAAUAAAGAUGAUCGUUUUGCUGCCCUGGAAGAAGAAUGGUACCAAAUUGACAUAGAGACAUUGACAAAUUUAGUUGAUAGUGUGCCUAGGAGAAUAGAUGCUAGGCAACCAAAAAAAUGA